AUGCCUAAACCUGUUGCGUCAGUGCCCGAAACGCAAAAUGCUAGGUUUCAUACGCCCCAGUGGGUGUCCCUUGUGGCCGGAGGAAUCGCUGGUGGAGUGGAAGCAGCCACAACGUAUCCAUUUGAGUAUUCAAAAACACGCGUUCAAUUGUUGAACGACGGUGCUAUUCGAACAUCAAACCCUCUCAGUCUCAUUGUCCAAGUUGCGAAACAGGAAGGUGUCGGUGCUUUGUACACAGGAUGCUCAACCCUUGUCAUCGGAACUACAGCAAAGGCCGCCGUCAGGUUCGUAUCCUACGAUACCAUCCGUAAUUCUCUUGCAGAUGAUCGCGGCGUUCUCUCAGCUGGGCGGGGGAUGAUCGCUGGAAUGACCGCCGGCGCGGUAGAAAGUGUACUAGCAGUAACACCGACCGAGAGAAUUAAAACAGCACUAAUUGAUGAUGCAAAAGGUGCUCGCCAAUUUAAGUCGAGCAUACACGCAGUUCAAGUGCUGGUGCAAAAACAUGGUAUCACCGAGCUUUAUCGUGGUCUUGUCUCCACAAUGAUGAAACAAUCUGCCACUUCUGCUGUUCGUAUGGGAACAUACAACGUCCUUAGAGAAGCCACCAAGGCCAGGGGCAUCAAGCCAAACGUGUUCACGACGUUUGGCAUCGGUGCGCUGGCAGGUGUAGUCACUGUCUACGCUACACAACCAUUUGAUACAAUUAAGACACGUGCACAGGGUGUCCAAGGAGCUGGCAUUGUUGAAGCUUCCCGGAGCGUGAUUCGCGACUAUGGAAUCCGGGGAUUUUGGAAGGGUAGCUCCAUGAGGUUGGGUCGGCUGCUUCUGAGUGGUGGAAUCGUGUUUUCUGUUUAUGAAGAGGUAGUUGCCAUUCUAUCACCAGGGACGCGUCAAUAG